UCUUGCAAUGCUGCACAUCAAAGUCUGUGGAGAAGACAUUUUCUUUACUCUCAUACUUUGUUUCAAUGGAUAGUCAAGUAUAAGAAAUAUUUCAAUCAUUGAAAACCUAGAAUAUCCUGGUGUUCCUUUAUUCUUUAACGGCAUCGCUUGUCCACUGGCACGUUCUCAGGGGAAGAUGAAAACUCUGCUGUCAAUUCUAGUCCUUUGCGGUUUGGCAAAUAUGUUUUGCCAGGAGAUGUAUUCCAGCGAAGACAACUUGGCAACGGAAAAUUACCAACUUGAGGGCUACCCCUCUCAGGUUCAAUUUUCAGAUCCUGAGCCUUUGCGGACAUUACUGCGAAUCAUUAGGAAACCCGGUGCACAACAAUUCUUCGGUCUAAUGGGGAAAAGAUCCACAGCAAAAACACAGGUGACGCGCAAAAGGCAGAAGUUCCAGUCUUUUGUCGGAUUGAUGGGCAAGCGGAAUCUGGGAGAGCAAAGUGAGUAUUCUCACCACCCUCCGGUACCCUGUAACCUGCCUGUUUAGUGGCAUGAUUACCAAGCCGUCGUCUCCUUGAGUGUUUGGAGGGUCACCAGCACCACUCACCAGCCUGGGAGAUAAAACCUUCGUAGUUGUCAAUAUAUGUCGGACCGGAGUUGUGGCUUUGACAGCGCCUUGGAAAUAAAACCAUUAAAAAACC